UGCUCUGGGUGCGCUGUCGCCGCAGGAGUCGCUGUCUGGGUCCCUUCCGCGGCACCUUUGCGUGGAGGCUGCUCCCCGGGCUCAGGGCGCGGGCAUCAUGUACGGUUUCGUGAACCAUGCCCUGGAGCUGCUGGUAAUCCGCAAUUACGGUCCCGAGGUGUGGGAAGACAUCAAGAAAGAGGCCCAGCUGGAUGAAGAAGGUCAAUUUCUUGUCAGAAUUAUAUAUGAUGAUUCCAAAACCUAUGACUUGGUGGCUGCUGCAAGCAAAGUCCUCAACCUCAAUGCUGGCGAAAUCCUGCAGAUGUUUGGGAAGAUGUUUUUCGUCUUUUGUCAAGAGUCUGGCUAUGAUACCAUCUUGCGUGUCCUGGGAUCUAAUGUCAGGGAGUUUUUGCAGAACCUCGAUGCCCUGCACGACCACCUCGCCACCAUCUACCCAGGCAUGCGCGCACCUUCGUUCAGGUGCACGGAUGCAGAAAAAGGCAAAGGGCUCAUUCUGCACUACUACUCGGAAAGAGAGGGCCUUCAGGACAUCGUUAUCGGGAUUAUCAAGACUGUCGCUCAGCAGAUACACGGCACUGAGAUCGACAUGAAGGUUAUUCAGCAAAGAAACGAAGAAUGUGAUCAUACUCAAUUUUUAAUUGAGGAAAAGGAAUCGAAAGAAGAGGAUUUUUAUGAAGAUCUGGACAGGUUUGAAGAGAAUGGAACCCAGGAAUCGCGUAUCAGCCCGUACACCUUCUGCAAAGCAUUUCCUUUCCACAUAAUAUUUGACCGGGACCUCUUGGUCACCCAGUGCGGCAAUGCCAUUUACAGAGCGCUCCCCCAGCUCCAGCCUGGGAACUGCAGCCUCCUGUCUGUCUUCUCUCUGGUCCGCCCUCAUAUUGACAUCAGUUUCCACGGGAUUCUUUCACACAUCAAUACAGUUUUUGUACUGAGAAGCAAGGAAGGAUUGCUGGAUGUUGAGAAACUUGAAUGUGAGGAUGAACUGACUGGGACAGAGAUUAGCUGCUUACGCCUCAAGGGCCAAAUGAUCUAUUUACCGGAGGCAGAUAGCAUCCUCUUCCUCUGUUCACCAAGUGUGAUGAACCUGGAUGACCUGACAAGAAGAGGCCUGUACCUGAGUGACAUCCCUCUGCACGACGCCACGCGAGACCUGGUUCUUUUGGGAGAACAGUUCCGGGAGGAGUACAAACUGACGCAGGAGCUGGAAAUCCUCACCGACAGGCUGCAGCUCACACUGCGAGCCUUGGAGGAUGAAAAGAAAAAGACAGACACACUGCUGUAUUCUGUCCUCCCUCCUUCCGUGGCCAAUGAGCUGAGACACAAGCGCCCAGUUCCUGCCAAAAGAUACGACAAUGUGACUAUACUCUUCAGUGGCAUUGUGGGCUUCAACGCUUUCUGUAGCAAGCAUGCAUCCGGAGAAGGGGCAAUGAAGAUCGUCAAUCUCCUCAAUGACCUCUACACCAGAUUUGACACACUGACGGAUUCGCGGAAAAACCCAUUUGUCUAUAAGGUGGAGACAGUUGGCGACAAGUAUAUGACAGUGAGUGGUUUACCAGAACCUUGUAUCCACCAUGCACGGUCCAUUUGCCACCUGGCUUUGGACAUGAUGGAAAUUGCUGGUCAAGUUCAAGUAGAUGGUGAAUCUGUCCAGAUAACCAUCGGCAUCCACACCGGGGAGGUGGUGACAGGUGUGAUAGGACAGCGUAUGCCCCGGUAUUGCCUCUUUGGAAAUACUGUCAACCUCACAAGCAGAACAGAAACCACAGGAGAGAAGGGAAGGAUAAAUGUUUCUGAAUAUACAUACAGGUGUCUCAUGUCUCCAGAAAACUCAGAUCCACAGUUCCAUUUGGAGCAUAGAGGCCCGGUUUCCAUGAAGGGCAAGAAAGAACCAAUGCAAGUUUGGUUCCUAUCCAGAAAAAGCACAGGCACAGAGGAAACGAACCAGGAUGAAAACUGAAUCUCAGCAUGUGGGAUGAAGGGAACUGUCAGGUUCUAGUGAUGACCUCAUGCGUGUCAAGCCAUGGAGCACUUCUUCCCUGUGGACAGAGAUUUCUACUGCCUGUUUUAGUGGCCGAAAGCUUCCUCCCAGUUACACAGUUCUUACAGAUUCCAUCAUGUGAUGUUCCCUCUGCUUCUGAUUACUUUUAAGGUCUCAGACUAUUUUCUAAAGUUUGGUUUUUGAUGUGGGUAACUUGAGCUUCAUGUUCCUUAAAUUCUGCUACAAGCAUUACCUAGACUGGUGAUCUAAGAGUGGUAGGCACCCAAUAUGUAUUUGUUGAACCAGAUAAAAUGAGAUGUAAUAGUAUCUGGCCAUGUGUGUAUAGAUCAUGGCUCGGUAGAUUUGUUUUAUGCACCAUCUAUAUGUGUAUGUGUAUUUUAAUGACUACAACAUAAAGUUUAUUUCAUGUUGGUGCAUGUCAUCCUAAAUACCAUUUUCUAAAGGAGUUAAUCUAAGUUUUAGGAAAAAUGCAAUUUGUUUCUAGACUUGUAAGUAAGAAUUAAUAUGCUAUACUAAGAAAAAAGUGACUAUUUUGAAGUAUGUUAUUUCCCUUCUGGAAAUGUAAGAUAUACAUUUCUAUGGUGGCAAAAUGUGGUUGCUCAUUCAAAUUUCAUGCCAGUUACAGUUACCUACCACCUAACGUGCCCUAAUGGAGUCCUUGUCUUGAGUUUCCUUGACUACUGGUGACUGUAACAAGGGUUGCAUUGUUUCGCACUGAACAGUCACAUUUGCUUAAGCAAGUGUUGGGGGUGGGUGUCAAACUUUAUCCAAGUACAAGGCUGAUAAUUCAUAGCUAGGACACCCUGUUAGAGCUGGCUUUGGCCUAUCUUCAGUCUUGAGUUUCCUUUAUUAGUUUAGAAGGAUGUCAACUUAUCCAAGAUAGCAUAUCCAAAAUAUUAAUAAAAUCAUUUUAAUUCCAACAUAGAACAGACUGCAUUCCCAUUGGAAUAUUUAGCCUAUCAUCCUUUAAAUGCCUCUGGUAAUUUAUUGAUAUCUAUCUUUAUAAAAUAUAGUAAGACUACUUUUGUGUAAAAAUUUGUCUUUAAGCUUAAUACUUCAUAUCAGCACAUCAAUGUAUGUAUAAAUGUUACAUGUUAAUUGUGUAAAAGAAUCUACAAUAAAUUAUUUUUU